AACAAAUAUAUAUUAUAAGAACAAAUAUCAGCCCCUUGAAUCAAAUUAAGGCAGGAUGAAGGAUGCUUCAAUGGAGAAGUUUGUAGUCCUCCCUUUCUCCCUCGGCUGCAAUUGUCACUCUAGUGUGGCCGUGGCCUCCGGUGAUGAUCUCUCCAAGUUUAAUGAUCAACAAAAACCAAGAAAGCAAGAACAAGAAGAGUGUUGGAAAAAACAGAGAAGGAAGAACAACGCCAAGUCUUUCUGCGCUAUACCAAAGCAUAAUAUAUCCAGUGGGAUACACAGAUUGAUCAAGAGUGUGAAAAGUUUGUCCCGGUUUUUUGUUUUGAAAGAGGAGAUAGAAUCAGAGGAGAUGGAAAUAGGAUUUCCAACGGAUGUGAAGCAUGUAACACAUAUAGGACUGGAUGGCACCACCACCACCAACCCUUUGAAGAAUUGGGAAGAUUUUGGUGGCCCUCCCAACAAUAUCAUUUCUUUCCCUGCAAUUUCUUUACACCAAUUUGAGUUGGCCAUGGCUGCCCAAACUCAUGGACAACUCCUCCAUCAAUCCAAACUUGAUUGAUAAAAAAUAAUUCAUUGUGUGGUUUGUAUACUGAAAAGUGAAUUUCACCCCAAGUUUGUUAGGAUAUAUUGGUUUUCUUUUUCUUCUUCUUCUUCUUUUUUUUUUUUCCUUAGAAAAUAUCUCAAUGAUUUGAGCACGGACUGAAAUCGUGUCGUAAUUAGAAUUCAAAGGUUGUGAUCUUGUUUAUUUGUAUAUAGAGUUGUAAACUGAGUUGAGCCAAUCAAAUUUCAUUAUUAGC